AUGAGGAAGAGUAGGAGAGGCGCAGUUGUUUUAAGCGCAUGUCAGAUUCAAGCAACACGUCUUAAUAAACUUGAAUAUCGUCGUUUACAACGUAAUGUUACUUUAUUACAUGAUGAUUUCGAAUCACAUAUUGCUCGAAUACAUCGACAAGAACAAGGUUUAAGAUAUCAUUUUACAAAUGUUGUUCGAGUUAUUAAACCAAAUCGAGCAUAUCAAGCAUGGAAACAAGCACAUGCACAUGAAAUAGCACAAGAUGAAGCAAAAGAAUUAAUAGAAUCAAUUAAACUUAGACGAAAAAAAAUAAAACCUAUACUUCGUAAACAAACAACAUCAUCAUCAUCAUUAUCAAAUGAAAUUUCAUCUAAACCACUUCGUCCAUUACUUUUAUUACUAGAAAAUGGACGUGAAAAACCUUCUGAUCCUGUUAUUAAUCUUAAUGAAAAUUUAUUUCGUCCAAAAACAUCACCAAUUAACAAACAAUUAACUAGUUCACAUCGAAUUAAUCCAUUAUUAAAUAUGCUUGAUGGACGUCCAACUAGUUCAAAUAAUAUGAUACGACAACAAAUACAACAACAAUCAUUUGAUACAUCUUCAUUUUAUUCAUUUUC